AUGGCGUUGCCAUUUAUAAAGGACCUGGACAAGUACAAGGACCUAGAUGAAGAUGAGCUCCUUAACAAUCUGUCAGCGGACGAGCUUAAACAGCUGGAAACGGCCCUUGAGGAGAUGGACCCCGAGAAUGCUCUACUUCCAGCAGGUCUGCGCCAGAAAAACCAAACGACAAAACAAGCAACAGGAACGUUUGACAGAGAGCGUCUCCUCAAAUACCUGGAGAAGGAAGCCUUGGAGUACAAGGACAGGGAGGACAUUGUACCCUUCACGGGAGAAAAGAAAGGCAAAGUAUUUAUUCCUAAACAGAAACCAAUGGAAACGCGAAAGGAGAAUGUCACAACCCUUGACCCGGAAUUAGAGGAAGCCCUGUCCAGUGCCACCGAUACGGAACUCUGUGAUCUUGCAGCAAUCCUGGGUGUUCACACGCUUGUAACCAGCAGUCAGACAUACGACGGAACUGGAGAUGGCUACAACAAUGUGGUUAAAGGGGAGAAGAUGAAUCCUGUAUUUGACGAGCCACCCAAUCCCACAAAUGUAGAAGAAACACUAAACAGGAUCAAAAACAACGAUGCCUCCCUAACCGAGGUCAACCUCAACAAUAUAAAGAACAUCCCCGUUCCCACUCUUAAAGAUUUUGCCAAAGCCAUGGAAAAGAACAAAUACGUCACCAAGUUUAGCAUGGCUGCCACACGGAGUAACGACCCCAUAGCAGUGGCUUUCAGUGAUACGUUGCGUGAGAACAAGACGCUUCGAAGUUUGAACUUGGAGUCCAACUUCAUCACCGGUGCUGGGAUGCAGUCGCUGAUUGACGCACUGCGAGACAAUGACACCCUCACGGAGAUAAAGAUUGACAACCAGAGGCAACAGCUGGGUACCAAUGUUGAGAUGGAGAUUGCUAAAAUGUUGGAGGAGAAUAACAGCAUAGUGAAGUUCGGCUAUCACUUUACCAAGCAGGGCCCACGCUCUCGAGCCGCCGCCGCGAUAACCAAGAACAACGACCUGGGUAUGUAA